AUGCCUGAACGUGGUAGUAUCAGCGCUAAGACAAAUACUCCAUCGUCAUCAGUAACUUCUUUCGAAUUACAUUUCAACAUAAAGAAAUACGAUACGGGUGAGCCCAUAACAUUCAAGGUGGAUGGUGGGCGAUUCGAAAAGACGCGGGAAGAAGACAUUAAAGCAGACGCACUUCUAAGAACCUACAAAUUCCGUUCAGAAGUUAUUUACAAAAUUACGCUAACAACAAAGCCAGCUAUUGAAUUUCACGUAUUACAUGUAUCAGGAAGUGAUCUAGAAUUACGACCGGAAAAUAUUGGUAGUGGCAUUUAUAGCGCGGAAUGGAACACAACUGGUAAUUACGUGACCCAUAACGGGAAACGAGAAUAUAUAUCCAUCUGUCUUCAGGGGCCUGGAAGGAUACUGCAACGGAAGAUACAAGCCAAGUUUUAUCGUAAUGAUAACAGUCAUGCAGAUUACGGUGAUAAACUUGAGGCUUUGAUUUGGAAAUGCGCAACUGAUAGCAGUGGAAAUGUUAUUGUUGUAGAUGAAAUUGUAAAAUGA